AUGACUGAUUAUUCCGAUGAUCCAUUUCAAAUGGAUGAAGAAUUCGGCAUGUCUGAUUUCAAUUCAACCAAUACAAGUCAAUCUUUACCCUUACCUUCAUCAUCUACUACCACCACCACCACCAACACGGUUGAAAAUGAUAUUCAUAAGACUUAUGAAGAACCAAAUUCAAUAUAUGGAGACAAUAAAUUGAUACGAUUGAAAUUGGAUCAAUUUAAAAUGGAUGAGACAGGUGGUACAAACACUACUGAAGAUGAAAGUCAACAAGAGAAUGCCUAUGAAGAAGAUUUGGAUGAUAAAUUAGAUUAUAAAUUACAAGAUAAAUUAAAAUUAGAAUAUGAAGAAUUAAAGAAAAAGGAAAAGGAUCAACCUUUGACUCCACCCGAGAAUUUCUCAACUGUGGUUAAUCAAAUAUAUCGAUCAUCAUUUCCUCAACCUUUAAAUUUCACAUUUUUAAAAACGUUGAAAUUAAAAUCUAUAUUAUGUUUGAUUCCUGAAGAUUAUCCUCAAUUACAAUUAGAAUUCUUACAUCAAGAGAAUAUAAAAUUAUUUCAAUUAGGGAUGUCAGGUAAUAAAGAACCAUUUGUGAAAAUUAAUCAUGAUUUAAUUACCGAAGCGAUUAAAAUCGUUAUAAAUCCUGAUAAUCAACCUAUUUUAAUCCAUUGUAAUAGAGGGAAACAUAGAACUGGGUGUUUGGUAGGGGUAUUAAGAAGAUUGCAAAAAUGGUCAUUAACAAUUAUAUUUGAUGAAUAUAGAAAGUUUGCUGCUCCAAAGGAAAGACCUAUGGAUCAACAAUUUAUUGAAUUAUAUGAUGAAACUGAAAUUAUAAAUUUUGCUGAACAAAAUAGGUUACUACCGAUAAAAUGGGAUUGA